AUGCAAUGGCAAAAAAGAAGAAAUACAUCAAAGGAGCUUCAUGACUUUAUAGACAAUGUAAUCGGAGACUACGAAAAAUGGAUAGAAUAUCUUAAGAAUUUAAAUGAGUAUGACGUGGCACUUAGCACCAAUCAAAAUAAAAUUAUCGAGUUGAAAAAUGAAAUAAAUAAAUUGACAGUUAAUGUCGAACAAAUGGAACUAGAUAACGAGAAUUUGAAUAAUCAAUUAGAAAACAAACUAUUAAAAGAACAAGAAAAAAGCCAAAGACUUAACCAGGAAUGGGAAAAAGUUUGUUUCGAAUGUAAUGAUGAACGCCAAUUAGUGGCAAAUCUUAGAAAAAAAAUUAUUGAUUUAGAAAAAGAAAAUAGAGAAUUAAGAUUGAAAUU